CACUACAUAUUUUAGUGACUUAGAAAAAGAUACAAAUAUCAUUGUGGUUAUAUGAUCUAUCGUCGUAUAUUAUUGAUAAUUCAUAAACGACCGUUGCUUUGAUUUGACGAAAUCCGUUGAAAAGUAAAAACGCGAAAAACUCAAUACGAAGUGAAUGUGAGUGAUAAAUACGACAAAAUGAAGUCUGCGAAAUCGAAACAAAAGUUAAACGACAUGCGGACGCCGGCGCGGAGUAGACAAAAUCUCGCGCAAGACCGAGAUCCUGUGCAAGUGUACUGCCGCCUUCGACCCAUGCAAAGAGACUCCGAUUUACCAUGUAUGAAGAUCGUGUCCCCGACCACGGUGCUCCUGACGCCUCCAGUUACGGCAUUCAGCUACAGAAACGAGAGCAACAAAACCAUGAAGUAUAUAUUCAAAGAGGUUUUCCCGCCCGAAACAUCGCAGCAAGAAGUGUUCGACAAAGUCGCACAGCCCUUGGUAGAGGGCUUGGUGAAAGGUAAAAAUGGUCUUCUAUUCACUUAUGGUGUUACGGGAAGCGGCAAAACUUUUACAAUGACAGGAGAGCCGCAAAACUGCGGGAUAUUACCUCGCUGCUUGAACAUAAUUUUUAAGACGAUCAAUGACUACCAGGCACCUAAAUAUGUGUUUAAACCUGACAAAAUGAACAUGUUCGACAUCGCCACUGAAGCGGAGGCCAUGUUAGAAAGGCAGCAGGAGUUGCACAAGUUUAAAUCGAAUAGGAAAAACAAUUCGAACCCUGAUUUAGCUAUGUCGUCAUCUGACGUAACUAAAGUUGAGGGUAUCAAUGAAGACAACCAGUAUGCAGUGUUUGUAACUUAUGUAGAAGUUUAUAAUAACUGUGUCUAUGAUUUACUUGAAGAUAGUGCUCCAAGCAAAACACUUCCUGUAAAACUUAUAAGAGAAGACGGGGCUCGGAACAUGUAUGUCCAUGGAGUUACCGAGAUUGAAAUCAAAUCAGCGGAGGAUGCUUUUGAUGCUUUCUACAUGGGCUUGAAAAGGAAACGCAUGGCCCAUACUACAUUGAAUGCGGAAUCUUCUAGAAGUCAUUCCGUAUUUACUAUCCGAUUGGUGCAGGCACCAUUAGACGAGACAGGAGAAACUGUGAUUCACAACAAAAAGUUCCUUUGCAUUAGCCAAUUAAGCUUAGUUGAUUUAGCCGGAAGUGAGAGAACAAACAACAAAAAUACUGGGCAGAGGUUAAAGGAAGCUGGUAACAUAAACAAGUCCUUAAUGACCCUGAGAACUUGUCUUGAAGCUCUAAGAGAGAACCAGAUUAAUGGGACAUCUAAUAUGGUACCGUACAGAGAGUCUAAAAUUACUUUACUGUUCAAAAACUUCUUUGAAGGGGAAGGUCAGGUCCGGAUGAUUAUUUGUGCUAAUCCAAGAGCUGAAGACUAUGAUGAGACCCUUCAAGUAAUGAGGUUUGCAGAAAUGGCAGCAGAAGUUGAGGUUGCCAAGGCGCAAGUGGUCGACAUUGGUGCUACUAUUGGUCUUACAUCAGGCCGUCGUAAGGCCAACAGACUCUUCAACAUAGCUAGGGAGAACAUAGCCAGACCUGAAGCUAAAGACUUGGAGUUAGAUCUAGGUUUGGUAUACAGCUUGGGACCUGACUUCCCAAGUCUAGAACUUAAUAGUUCUCAAGCAGCGCACAUUAUCAAAGAAUUAAUGGCACAUUUGGAAAUGAGGAUUAGUCGCAGAGAAUCUUUGAAAAGAAGCAAAGCCAUAAAAGAUGAAAGAUUAAGAUCAGAGUUACUAGAAUUAGAGAAAGAAUCUUUAGAAGUACGAAGUGAGAAUGCUUCUCUGAGGGGACAAUUAGCUGCAGCAGAGAGAAGAGUUAAAGCUUUAGAAGAGAGGUUAACAGCUACAGAAAAUGCUUCCCUUUCCCACCAGAGAAAAUUGAAUGAAAUGACCGAAUAUACUUCAUCUCUCAAAAGAGAAUUGCAAGAGAAAGACUUGAUGUUAAGCCAAAACAAAUUAGAUAAAGAAAAGCAAAAGAAGAUUCUAGAACGAAAGUACAACCAUAAGAUUGCAGCUGAACAUGAGAAAGCUAGGGAGAUCAAUUCCGAGAAGGAAAGACUCCGGAAUGCUAUAGAAGAAAAGGAGAACAGACUGCGUAUUAUAGCAGAAGCAUUGAACGAUAGAGGUGAUAUUGUAGAUUCAUACCAGAAAACAGACAUGGCUGCUCAAACUGGGAGGGAGUUUACCCCAGGAUCUACACCUCGAGCAUUACCUGCCCAUCUAUUAACUCCCUUUAGUUCAGUACCCCAAACAAGAGAGACUCCUACUUCUUCGCGUAGAGGCAUUGCUGUAGCCAACCCUCGACACCGAAGGUCCUUAUCAGCAGAUGGUAGAGGAUGGGUAGAACACGCCCCCAACAACUUAGUACCUAUGGGCACUGUGUUAAAGCCCAGCAUUGUUAACAGUAAAGUUGUCAAUAAAUUGAAGACUGUGAAAGACAUUACCAAUUCCAAGACAUCCAAGUAUUGCCUCAUAUCUCAAGAGCAGGAUACUGAUGGGGAGUUAGAAACGAAACUGUAUAAAGGUGACGUCAUCCCUACUUGUGGAGGGGGUGCUCAGGUCAUUUUUAAUGAUGUAGAAAUGAUGACCCAAUUCUCGCCUACUCGUGAAUCUCAAUCUAAUAGGUCUAACAGGCAGUCUGGGACUACCUGUGCAAGGCAUUCAGGAAAAAGGAGGGAUACUGCCUGCUCCCCGCCCCAGACACCGUCAAAUACCAGUAAAAAGCAGAGAGUAGAUGAUGAUUAAGGUGACAAUAUUUCUAUAAGGUAUUGUAAGGGCUAAGUUCUGCUGAUGCUACAAUAUUGGUCUGUUAACUGCCUUAUUCAUGACACUUAUUGCUGGCUCACUAUUACAACGUUCUUUGUUAUACUUUUAACACCAAUUGAAUUAUAUAUACAUCUAUAUCACAUGAUUCUGUCUUAUCAUAUAAAAAAUUUCAAUAAUUCUGAAUUACAGUAUUAAAAUAUAAAAUUAAUUUCUCUGACAUAAAUAGAUAUUAACAUUGGGCUUAAGAUGGUGAGUCAGCUUUGUAACAAUACUUAUCCUUGAUAUGUUUGUCAAUUUCUAUCUUAGGUUAUUUAGCCAAUGGUAAUAAACUUAUUGAAUUAGUAUAGGAAAGUACUGCUUGUUAGGCUUUUGAGGUACAUAGUUUGAUUCCCAUUAGAAUAAAUAAAAUGUAUGUUAUUAGUUUGAGAGUCAAUGUGAUCUGAGUAAGAAUUACUGUCCAAAAUAGACAUAUUUGCCAACUUUGUUAUGGGUUAGUAAUAAACUCUGAAGGCUGCACUAUUUAGGGAUCCUUGCACCAAGAAGGGGAAUUUGUAGUAUGUUGCAAAAACUAUUGAUGAAAAAAUAUAUAAAUUUCAUAUACAAUGUUUGUAUAAAACUUCAGAUAAUUUAAACAAGUACAUGAUAUUUUCUAAGCUGUCAUUAUUUCCAAACUUUUUGUAUUUUUCUAUCUCUUCUGUUCUACUUAUUUAUCUUUUCAUUCAAAAUUAUAAUAACUUUAACUUGGGAUUUGACUUUAAAGUUAAGCUGUGUCUUUAUGAUUUUUAUUUGAAUAUAUUUGAAAAAUACCUUAUUUUUAACCGACUUAAAAAAAUGUAGGUUCUCAAUUCGACUGUUUUUUAUAUUUAUUACCUCAGAACUUUUGUCUUAACUAUAUAUUUAUGCAUACAAGAGAUUGACAAGCAAAUCAAUAGCUAUAUAUUGUUACUAAAAAUUAAUAAGGAAAUAGUAUUUACGGGGCUAAUUCAACAGAUUACUAGGUCUUUUUUUGUUAUUCAUUUGUUUUGUGUGCUGAUCUUAUAGAUUAUAUCAAAUUAUUGUGUUAGAAUGGUCUCUACUAAGCAACUGGGCGAAAAUGAUUUUGCUAAGCUUUUUGAUAAUUUAUAUCUUUAAAAUUUAUUUAAUUAUCACUCUUUGUGAAAAUAAUUCAUGAUUAUGUUGUAAAUUAUAAUUUUCUUGUUUGGCUAAUAUAAGUUAAUAUAAAUUCUCUUGACAUUGACUGGGUAAAUAAAAUUCAACAUUAACUAUGAAGUACGUACUUGCGUCGUAAAUAUGAUAAAUAGAUUAAGAUUCCUUCACUCUGGUAGUUUAAAACCAUUUUUAAAGUUAAAGGAGCAUUGGAUUACCAAAAAAUGAAGUAUCAAUUAUUUAUAAAAAAAUGCCUCAAUUGGCAAUCUCCUUCGUUCAACUUGAAUAUUUUACAAAUAAUUGAGAAGUAAAUGAUGCUUUCUAAUGUUUCUCGCAAAUAUUUUGAAAUGGUUUAAAACAGCCCAUACUUAAAUAUUUUGUGAUUAUUUUGUUCCAUACAUUUUGACUGUGAUCGUAAAAAAAUUGCUCAUGAAAAGUACAUCCCAUUUUUUGUAAUAUUAGUUUUUAAUACUAACGACAUUUUCACAUAAGAUCUGACAUUUCUAGCAUAGUUUUUUUUAUAGUAAAUGUGAUUUAGAAAUAAUAGUACAUGUUAUUACUCAGUUUUGAGUUUUUUGCGUGGAUGCCACCAAUUUGUCUGUUUCUGCUUUCUAGCAGUGUUAUACUUCAAUUUGUGAUUGAAUUUGAGACAUUAGACUUCAAAGACCAUGUUUGGUCUUUUAAACCUUAUUACCUAAUGAUUUGGGGUGACCUGUGCAGUACAGGACCAAACAAUAUAUAGUCAGGUGUAUUUCAAAUCUAGUGUUGCUACGGUUAAUGGCAUUCCAUGGUCUCGCUUUAUAUAAAAAACUCAUAUGUAAUAAUUAUAUUAUACAUAUAAUAGGGAACAUAAUUUUUUUAUCCAAAAUCUAAUGUCUCAAAUUAAAACAUACAAUAAGGUUUUUUUUUUUUGUUAAAAUAAGUCAAAUUGCAUACAAUAUUUUGUUAAACAAAAAACCAGAGUGCAACAAUUAAAAUCUAUAAAACCAAUGCAGCUGACAGCAGCUAGCUAAAACACAUAUUUUUUUGGGUGACAUUAUUGUUAAAUAUUGGAUCGCGUUUUACUAAUGCAACAUGAGAAAUAUCUUUCAUUUGAACUUUUUUUGUCUACAAUAGAAUAAAGUUGCCAUAUUUAAAUGGUUUAUAAAGUACUUAAUAAUGGUUUGGAGGUGGGUAGGAUAACUCUAGUUUAACUCUAUGUAUAGUAAUUAAAUAGAAGCUUGUGGAAGUGUAUUAAAAAUACCUUUCGAGUACA